CUCUGCUCUGGCAUCAAAGUAAGCCAUUUUUUAUAAUCCCCCGGAAAUCCAAUUGCUAAAUCGAUUUCGAAGGAUGCCCAAAAGUUUUCGUAUUUGGCCAGCGCUCAAGAAUGCAUUGUAAAUGUAUUUACACAAUUUUGUCUCUCGGUCGCAAUUUCACUUGGCACAUUCGCCAGCAUUUCUCAUCGUUUAGCCCAAGUCCAAGUCGAUUUCCAAUCGUCAUCCCAACCCCAAACACAUCCCAAAUCCGACGGUUUAUUUUGGUUCUGCUUCAGUUCGGCCUGGCUGCCUUUCCACUCCAUCCCAUUGUGUGCACUCGGGGAAAAAGUGAAUAAGAAAAUUUGUUUGCCAACUUUCGGUGUAAUUUGUAAACAUCAAAGAGAAUGGUAAAGAAAACAUGUCGCCGGCCGAGUCAAAGGGAUCAAGAGUUGCUUUGCGAAUUCGUGCGGAAAUCUUCUACGUGUGCGGCAUGCCAAGGCUCCCGGCCUUGUGUGCACAUCAAGAGAGUAGAGCAGUGGCCUCCGGCGAGUAUUUUCUCUUGCCAGUUCAACUCCUGCAAAUCCCCAUCGAAACUGAUCCAAGAUGUGGGCGGACCCAAGGUAAAAUCAUCGUUUAUGCAGUAUUACGUUUCUGGCGAAAGGAGAAUGCGUCAAAAAAAGAGACACGGGAAUGUAUUUUUUAUCAUUAGAUAACAUUUUAGACAUUAGAAACGAAACGCAUUUCAGAAUUUGUAAUUAAGCUGUAGGAUCUAAAAAUUUACAAAUAAUGGAUUUUAUGCACUAAACUUUAAACUCGUAAAGUUACAGUUAAUUAUAACAUUAAUUUGAAUACAUUACUAGUGCCAAAUAGAAUCCAAAAAUGAGCAUUAUUCAAAAUUCGAUUAAAGUGCAAUAUUUCAAAUAAGUAUUGGUUUUCGGAUAAAUUUUUUUCAAAUGUAGCCGAAUGGCCGUGCUAAUGAAGCGCCAGUCCAGCCAAUUUCUGGGCCGCAACUGCUCGCAAAGUUAUGAUAACAAAGAACUAAUUAAGAAACAUGACGUCCUUAUGACAGUCUCAGCCUGGGAAUCCUUGGAGGCUACACUUUCAGUUCUUCCAGCAGCAUCUCGUCGCCGCAGCGCCGCAUCGCUCUGAUGGUCUGAUGUACUAAUUAAGUUUUGAACGUGACGAGAAAUUGCAAGUAGCAAUUUCGUUGUUUGAUUUUUCGCAGCGAA